AUGGAAAAUGUCACUACAGUGAAUGAGUUUCUUUUACUUGGCCUGACCAGUGUUCAGGGGCUGCAGCCUUUCUUCUUUGUGAUUUUCUUAAUUAUUUACCUGAUAAACUUGGUUGGAAAUGGAGCUAUUUUAGUGGUUGUUAUUUUGGAAUCCAAACUCCACUCACCAAUGUAUUUUUUCCUGGGAAACCUUUCUUGUCUUGACAUUUGCUAUUCGUCAGUGACACUACCCAAGGUACUUAUAAACCUGCUCUCUACUCGCAAGGCCAUAUCUUUCCUGGGCUGUAUCACUCAGCUACACUUCUUCCACUUUCUGGGAAGCACAGAGUCCAUCUUACUGGCUAUCAUGGCCUUUGAUCGUUUUGUCGCCAUCUGCAAUCCACUUCGCUACGCUGUCAUCAUGAACCCCCAGAUGUGUAUUCUCUUGGCAGUUGUGGCCUGGUUCACCAGCUUCUUUUACGCUCUGAUGCAUUCUGUCAUGACUGCACGCCUGAAUUUUUGCCGCCCUCAAAAACUCAAUCACUUCUUCUGCGAUGUCAAGCCCCUAUUGGAACUAGCCUGUAGUAACACACUACUCAAUCAGUGGCUUCUUUCUGUUGUCACAGGCAGCAUAUCCAUGGGAGCUUUCUUCCUGACUCUUCUCUCCUACUUCUAUAUUAUUGGCUUCCUUCUGUUCAAGAAUCAGUCCUGCAGAAUACUCCACAAGGCUCUUUCUACUUGUGCCUCCCAUUUCACGGUGGUAUGUCUUUUCUAUGGACCUGUGGGCUUCACAUAUAUUCGUCCUGCCUCAGCCACCUCCAUGAUUCAGGACCGGAUGGUGGCCAUCACAUACAGUGCAGUUACCCCAGUGCUGAAUCCACUGAUAUACACUCUUAGGAAUAAAGAAGUGAUGUUGGCGCUGAAGAAAAUCUUUGUGAGGAAGUUGUUUAAAGACUGCCAGCAGCACCACCGGGACUAA